AUGACUGCUAAACUUGUAUACAACCGUCCACUGGCCGUAUCAAGAGCUGUGUAUGCCAUUGCCGACAAGGCACAAUCCAAUACUCAACAAUACGGUCGUAGACCCUAUGGAGUUGGUCUGCUGAUUGCCGGAUUCGACGAGACCGGUCCUCAUUUGUACGAGUUCCUGCCCAGUGGGUCAGUAUUAGAGUAUGUUGGAACAGCUAUUGGAGCGCGAUCGCAGGCUGCUCGAACCUACUUAGAACGCAACUACGAAAAGUUCGGCGACUCGUCAUUAGAAGAACUUGUUGUACACGGACUCAAUGCUCUAAGAGACACGCUUGCUCAAGAUAAAGAACUCACAUCUAAGAACACGUCGAUUGCAGUCGUCGGUCUUGACACACCAUUCAAACUCCUCGACGACGACGAGGUCGUGCCAUGGCUCGAGAAACUCGACUCUGUCUCGCGAUCCAGUCACCCCGUCCAAACCGAAGAGCAGCCUGCUACCGAAACUCAACCCGAGCCUGCUGCUGCUACCACUUCAACCGACGCACCUGCUGACGCUGAUGCCCCUGCCGAUGCUGCUGGUGCUGCUGGCUCGGAUUCUGCUGCCGAACCUCGACCCGAUGACGAUUCUAACAUGGACACUACCCAGUAA